GAGGUUGCCCCCGCCCCGCGAACUCCGCCCCGCCGCCGCGCUACUUCUUUCAGCACCGCGGCGCGGACAGCUCCGGGGCGGGAGCAGAGGGAGUGAGGUACGGCCGCGGUCGGUCAGGGAGGGCUGUGCAGGGCAGGGGAGGGUAGACGCAGGCGGGCAGGCAGGGCACGGAGCCCCGCGACCCUCCCCGGAGGAGGCACCCACCCGGAACCGGACGCCGCUGAGCCCGAAGACAGACGGAGACGCAGGGAGCCGGGGCACUGGUGGCUCCGGGGAGAGGCCGCGGCCAAAAGAUGCCUGUCCGCAGGGGCCACGUCGCUCCCCAAAACACGUACCUGGACACCAUCAUCCGCAAGUUCGAGGGCCAGAGUCGGAAGUUCCUGAUCGCCAAUGCUCAGAUGGAGAACUGUGCCAUCAUUUACUGCAACGACGGCUUCUGUGAACUCUUCGGCUACUCCCGAGUGGAGGUGAUGCAGCGACCGUGCACCUGCGACUUCCUCACAGGCCCCAAUACCCCACGCAGUGCCAUGUCCCGUCUAGCGCAAGCCCUACUGGGGACAGAGGAGUGCAAGGUGGACAUCCUCUACUACCGCAAAGAUGCCUCCAGCUUCCGAUGCCUGGUGGACGUGGUACCUGUGAAGAACGAGGAUGGAGCCGUUAUCAUGUUCAUCCUCAACUUCGAGGAUCUGGCCCAGCUCCUGGCCAAAAGCGAGCGCCGCAGCCUGUCCCAGUGCCUGCUGUCCCAGAGCUUCCUGGGCUCCGAGGGCUCUCAUGGCAGGCCAGGUGCACAGGGUCCUGGCACGGGCAGGGUCAAGUACAGGACCAUCAGCCAGAUCCCGCAGUUCACGCUCAACUUUGUGGAGUUCAACCUGGAGAAGCACCGCUCGGGCUCCACGACAGAGAUUGAGAUCAUCGCACCACACAAGGUGGUGGAGCGGACCCAGAACGUCACCGAGAAGGUCACCCAGGUUCUGUCCCUGGGCGCGGACGUGCUGCCGGAGUACAAGCUGCAGGCGCCACGCAUCCACCGCGGGACCCUCCUGCACUAUAGCCCCUUCAAGGCCGUGUGGGACUGGCUCAUCCUGCUGCUGGUCAUCUACACAGCCAUCUUCACGCCCUACUCGGCCGCUUUCCUGCUCAGCGACCAGGAUGAAUCUCAACGCAUGGACUGCGGCUACACCUGCAGUCCACUCACUGUGGUGGACCUCAUCGUAGACAUCAUGUUCGUUGUGGACAUCGUCAUCAACUUCCGCACCACCUAUGUCAACACCAAUGACGAGGUGGUCAGCCACCCUCGCCGCAUUGCCAUCCACUACUUCAAGGGCUGGUUCCUCAUUGACAUGGUGGCUGCCAUCCCAUUUGACCUUCUCAUCUUCCGCACCGGCUCUGAUGAGACCACAACCCUGAUCGGGCUGCUGAAAACGGCGAGGUUGCUGCGGCUGGUGCGUGUGGCACGGAAGCUGGACCGCUACUCUGAGUAUGGAGCGGCCGUGCUUUUCCUGCUCAUGUGCACCUUUGCACUCAUUGCACACUGGCUGGCCUGCAUCUGGUAUGCCAUCGGCAACGUGGAGCGGCCCUACCUGGAGCCCAAGAUCGGCUGGCUGGACAGCCUGGGCGCCCAGCUUGGCAAGCGCUACAAUGGCAGCGACCCAGCCUCUGGCCCCUCAGUGCAGGACAAGUAUGUCACGGCCCUGUACUUCACCUUCAGCAGCCUUACCAGCGUGGGCUUCGGCAAUGUCUCCCCCAACACCAACUCUGAGAAGGUCUUCUCUAUCUGCGUCAUGCUCAUCGGCUCCCUCAUGUACGCCAGCAUCUUUGGCAACGUGUCUGCCAUCAUCCAGCGUCUGUACUCCGGCACUGCCCGCUACCACACGCAGAUGCUGCGAGUCAAGGAGUUCAUCCGCUUCCACCAGAUCCCCAACCCGCUGCGGCAGCGCCUGGAAGAGUACUUCCAGCACGCCUGGUCCUACACCAACGGCAUUGACAUGAACGCGGUGCUGAAGGGCUUCCCUGAGUGCCUGCAGGCCGACAUCUGCCUGCACCUGCACCGCGCGCUGCUGCAGCACUGCCCAGCCUUCCGCGGCGCCAGCAAGGGCUGCCUGCGCGCGCUGGCGGUCAAGUUCAAGACCACGCACGCACCGCCUGGGGACACGCUGGUGCACCUCGGCGAUGUGCUCUCCACGCUCUACUUCAUCUCCCGAGGUUCCAUCGAGAUCUUGCGUGACGACGUGGUCGUGGCCAUCCUAGGAAAGAACGACAUCUUUGGGGAGCCCAUUAGCCUUCAUGCCCGGCCUGGCAAGUCCAGUGCAGAUGUGCGGGCCCUGACCUACUGUGACCUGCACAAGAUCCAGCGGGCAGACCUGCUGGAGGUGCUGGACAUGUACCCUGCGUUUGCAGACAGCUUCUGGAGUAAGCUGGAAGUCACCUUCAACCUGCGGGACGCAGGCGGGGGUCUCCAGUCAUCACCCCAACCAGCUCCAGGCAGCCAGGACCACCAAGGCUUCUUCCUCAGUGACAACCAGUCAGCCAGCCCCCCCUCCCCCAAGCUGGGGUUCCAGCCCCCUUCCCAGGGCUACAGCCUUCUGGAACCUGGAAGUCUGACCUCUGUGGGGACAGGACCUUGUACUCCAGGGUACUCAGCUGCAGCCCCUUCUCUGAGCAUCUCAGAUGCAUCUGGCCUCUGGCCUGAGUUGCUGCAUCAAAUGCCCCCAAGGCCAAGGGACAGCCCCCCAAACCCUCAGGGAGACCCAGACUGCUGGCCUCGGGAGCUAGGCUCCAGGCUGGAGCAGCUUCAGGCCCAGAUGAACAGGUUGGAGUCCCGCAUGUCCUCAGACCUCAGCCGCAUCCUACAGCUCCUUCAGCAGCCCCUGCCCCAGGGCCACACGGGCUACAUUCUAGGAGCCCCUACCUCCAAUGACUUGGCCUUGUUUCCCGUGGCCUCAGCCACUCAGAGUCCGGGAACUAGGCUGCCCCAGGGUGGUCUGCCCCCUGCACAGGUCCCAGGCUGUGGUGACUUGAACAAGUGUAGGCCGAAGCGAAAGAACUCCUCCUCCGGGGUGCCUCCCCUGGUCAUGGCAACAGACAAAAUUCUCACACUGUCCCUGGAACAGGAGCAGCCUGAGGGGCUUCUGUCACCCCUAGCCUCACCUCUGCAUCCCCUGGAGGUACAGGGACUCAUCUGUGGUCCCCGUUUUCCCUCCCUUCCUGAACGCCUUGGCCCCGUCCCUAAGCAGCUGGAGUUUCAGAGACAUGGCUCAGAUCCUGGGUUGGCCAGGAGUUAGAGCCACUGAACCCCAAGAUAGAGGUAAUAUGAGGGGAUUGAAGGUGGGUGAAAGUUAAGGAUUUAGGGGAGGCAGACAGCUGCCAAAUUGGCCUCUGAAAACCAUUCAUUCUUCUAGUAUAGCUACAAACUGCCAACCCAGGUGACCCACGAUGGCAUGGGUGAAGAUGGUCAGGACCUUCCCAGACUCCUCCAGGGCCCUAUUUAGACAGUAGGCCUCGUGGAGGGUGGGUGAGGCUCAGGGGUGGAGGUAGCUUACAGGACAGAGAGGUCAGUGAAAAAAGGAGAAGUUUCUGAUCUGUGUGAGAAACUUACUCCUUACGGCUCAGAACUAUACACCGCUUCAGGGACCAGGACCCAAGGUUAGUGAGACCUCCUGCCAAGAGCCUGUAAACCGACUGGAGAUGAAAGUGUCCUCUGUAGUGGACACAUCAGAGCACAGAGUUCCAGCCCCCAGCCGCUCUGCCCCUCAUGGUUCUAUGAUGACCUUUGGGACUCUAGCGGGCAGUGGAAUGUCUCACAGCUAAUAAAGUCUGCGCAUUUCAUGUUA